UGACAUGGUUCAACAACGACGUCGCAAAAUCUGCGCUCCGGUGUGCCCGCCGUCUUGAUUCCACGAAAAUAAUCUCGUAGGACCGCGCGCUCGCGGCGCGGUAAAAUAACAGUGAUUCGUCAUUGCGUCGACCUGUUGGCGGUGCCGUGUUUUCCCACGUUCCUAUAUGGCUUUGUGACACCCGCGGGUCCGCGCGAUCAUACUCGAAGAUGCUCCAGCCACGCGUCUUGACCAUCGUGUACCUGCUGAUCGUGAUCGCGCACCUGUGCUCGUGCGUGCACCAAGCCACUUACAAUAAAUAUACUCUCGAGGAAGAGAAGAUCUGUCAUAUCCUGAACAAGAAGCAUACGCACAGUAUGCGCAACGGUACAGCGGUAAUCGUCACAUCGCAUAACAUGUUAGAGCGAUGGAUCGUAAGAGGCGAUCGCAAUUGUAUAUUCGUUUUCAAACCCGCCAAGAAUGAGGGUCUUCUUGCGGUCAUCCACAAGAUGUUUUUUCGACGCAACGGCAGCGAUAAUUGCUUGGAUUAUGUACAGUUUAAAAGGAGCGAUGGUCAUUCAACAAAGAAAAUUUGUGGAGAGAUAGAUCGCAGCAAGUCAACAGACUCUCCAGUUUCCGAUCAAGAUGAUGUUAUAAGAGAUUUGAGUGACAACUUGUAUGACUCGUUUGCGGAAUUCGAAUCUGUCAGUAAACCGGUGCCAUGGUUCCCUCUCAUUCGUUCAUCGGAACUGGAAACUGAAAUAGUUAUCUCCAAAGAAAGAGUGCCAAGUGGCCAGUCUCUAGAUCUUAGUAUAAUUUAUACUCCGUACCGAAGUUGCAUCAACGCAGAUCGCGAUUACAAACACGUUGGAAACAGCAUUUGUAUUCGGAAAGAGUACGUAUGCGAUAGGAUUUAUAAUUGCCCAACCGGCUUAUGCUUCGAUGAGGACGAUUGCACAUACACGACCACAGAUCAAUAUCCCAAAGAUGAUACCGCGACAAAAGUCACGAUAGGAGCGGUCACCACCAUGAUCCUGUGCUUCAUCGUCUUUGUUAUGUGCCUGUGGAUCUGCAAGAAAUCACGGAAGCUAUGCUGGUCGUCGGACUGCGCCGGUCCAAACGCGUGCUCGCGGCCGGAUUCUUUAUCGCAAGACGCCGAUGGGGGUUCGGGAUCAAAUCGCGCGGUGCCCACGGCUCCUAUGCUGGAGGUUGUAGUGACCUCACCUGUCGCGGACAAAGAUCUGCCUCCCAGCUACGACUCACUGUUCCCCGAACAAAGUAACCCUGCCAGAUCGUAAGUUAUUGAACCUGUAUAGAACUGUGCGCAUUAAAACGUAUUGUCUAAUGUUUUAAUUAACUGUUACGUAAACACUAUGACGUAACUAGACCAUCCUUUUUUCACAUAUACACACAAAGCAGGAUUUUAUGAAUAGAAUAAUUUUAAUGAAUUGACAACUAUUGCAUGCAACAAUUUUGGAUUCGAUUAUGUGUAGUCGAUAUUCCGCGGUAGUGCGAAUCAGGCAGCAUCAUAGCUUUGGAACGUUGUCAUUGUUAUGAAAAACAAAGUCAUAACUGAAACGCGAAGCUGUGCGACACAUAAUAAAUGCUAUUUUUCGAUGAUAAAUUUUCUCGAAUAAAGCUUUAUUUUAUGUUAUUCUUUCUUCGGCUACCUACGAAUAAAAAAAACCUUAAUAAAUCAAUGAAUGUUGCAUGCAUUUUUGAUAAAUUUAAUCAACGCAAUUUCUUCGCAAUUGAAAUAUUAUUCAUUGUUCAUAUCCAGUUACGCCAUUACACACAGUACUAUUAUAUGGACGUAAUACGUUCAUUGUUUCAUGUAUUUAGUGAGAUUGGAAGUGCAGCAAUUAAUAACAAGCUCGGUUAAGUUUUAUUUUUUUUCCUAUUACUUAGCUCUAAGUUUGAAUUCGACGUUUUGUAUUAUUUUUUUAUUAAAUAUCGAAAAAUCUAUAUUAUAAGAAGCAUUAGCAUCACCAACGAAGAAACAAAGGCCUAGAAAACGUAUUUGACGUUCAACGAAAUACUUGAGACUUCUUAAUGUGAAGUUGAUGGUGCAGUAUUUUUUAAAUAUAUUAACUAAAGUUAUUCUUAUUGCCUUUAGCUUUUCUCAUGUAAGUUAUUAUAAGCCGUUAUAUUUGUAACAAUAUUAGGCGUAACACAUUAUAUUGUGAACAAAAAUAUCUGACGAAAUUCUAAAAUGUGUUCAUAGACUUUCAUAAAAUGAGUAGUACGCGAAUUUGCUGUAUUAUAGCAUACGUUGAUAAAUGAUACAUCUUACUUAGGUAUGCGCGAUAUAUAUUUAUAACAACACCACUGCUGAUAUUUAUAACAUUUAUAACAAUUUUUAUACGGAUAUAUAAAGUAUAAAAAUUUUAUAACAAUAUACAAAUCCUAUAGACGUGUGUGUGUAUAUUUUGGAGAUUGAAUGUUAUAUAAGUCUCUUUAUGAAGAUUAUGUAAUAAUAUCGUGUAAAUAUUCAAUUUGUGAUAAUAAAGAUCUAUAUAUACAUAUGUAUAAGAAA